UAUUACGUAACGCACCUUGGAGGAGACUCCUUUUGUAACAUGUGGACACUACAAAGUUACGCCACAUAGCCGGGAGCAGCAGCUGUUAGCGGGUGGAGAAAGUCAGGAGGGGAAGCUACUGUGUGAGGUCCCGGCUAACAUGGAAGAAGUCCGCAAAGAUGCCAAAACUAACCCGGCAGCGACGGCGAACAUCGUGUCGAAGGUAUUUUUCUGGUGGCUCAAUCCUUUGUUCCGUAUCGGGUACAAACGCAGGCUGGAAGAAGAUGACAUGUACGAAGUACUCACAGAAGACAGGUCGGCAAACCUGGGGCAGGACCUGCAGAGAUACUGGGAUCACGAGUCCCUGAAGGCUUCCAAAGAGCUGCAGAAGCCGAGCCUCACAAAAUCCAUCAUCCGCUGCUACUGGAAGUCGUACUCGCUGCUGGGACUCUUUACUUUAUUUGAGGAGGUCAUUAAAGUGGUCCAGCCGGUUUUUUUGGGGAAAAUAAUUCAGUACUUUGAGAAUUAUGAUCCAAAUGAUGAUAAAGCUUUCUAUGAGACGCUCGGAUACGCAGCCGGAAUGUCCAUGUGCACCAUCUGCCUGGCAGUGGUCCAUCACCUCUACUUCUACCACGUUCAGAGGGCAGGCAUGAAGAUUAGGGUGGCCAUGUGUCACAUGAUCUAUAAGAAGGCUCUGAGUCUGAGCAGCUCAGCCAUGGGAAAGACCACCACAGGCCAGAUCGUCAACCUGCUGUCCAACGACGUCAACAAGUUCGAUGAAGUGACCAUCUUCCUCCACUUCCUGUGGGUGGGGCCCCUUCAGGCCGCUGCUGUCGUGGGGCUGCUGUGGGCAGAAAUCGGUCCUUCCUGCUUGGCAGGAAUGGUGGUCCUCAUGUUCCUGAUGCCCACCCAGACAAUGUUUGGGAGGCUCUUUUCGAAGUUCAGGAGUAAGACAGCUGCUCUCACAGACAGCCGAAUCCGGACAAUGAAUGAAGUGGUGUCUGGGAUUCGGAUCAUCAAGAUGUACGCCUGGGAGAAGCCCUUCUCUGCUCUGGUCUCCGAAGUCAGAAGGAAGGAGAUCUCCAAGAUCAUGAAGAGCUCCUACCUACGAGGCCUCAACAUGGCCUCUUUCUUCUGUGCCAGCAAGAUCAUCCUCCUCGUCACGUUCACAGUCUACGUCCUUCUGGGAAACACCAUUUCCGCCAGCCGUGUGUUCGUCACGGUGUCUCUGUACACUGCCGUGCGACUCACCGUCACACUCUUCUUCCCGAGCGCCAUAGAGAAGCUGUUCGAGAGUCGCGUCAGCAUCCAGAGGAUUCAGGAGUUUCUGUUGCUGGAUGAGAUCAGAAAAACCAGCACUGCUCUGUCUCAGGAAGAGAAGAAGGAUACCGGGGUGGAGAUGAAUGAUCUCAUCUGCUACUGGGACAAGAGUUUGGACGCUCCGUCUCUACACAACGUCUCCUUCGCUCUGAACGCCAACCAGCUGCUGGCCGUGAUCGGACCGGUGGGAGCUGGAAAGUCGUCCUUACUGAGCUCCAUCUUGGGAGAGCUUCCUUAUGAAAAAGGGGUGCUGAAGGUCAAAGGUCAGCUGACCUAUGCUGCUCAGCAGCCCUGGGUGUUUCCUGGAACCAUUCGUAACAACAUCCUUUUUGGAAAAGAGCUGGACCCCCUGAAGUAUGAGCGAGUCAUCAGAGCCUGCGCUCUGAAGAGGGACCUGGAGCUGCUCCCAAACGGCGACCAGACUCUGAUCGGGGACCGAGGCGCCACUCUCAGCGGGGGGCAGAAAGCCAGAGUCAACCUGGCCAGAGCCGUGUAUGAGGAUGCAGACAUCUACCUCCUGGAUGACCCUUUAAGUGCUGUGGACGCUGAGGUCGGGAGACACCUCUUUGAACAAUGUAUUUGUGGUUUGCUGAAGAACAAGCCUCGCAUCCUCGUCACCCACCAGCUGCAGUACCUGAAGGCAGCCGACCAGAUCGUCGUCCUCAAGGAGGGUCACAUGGUGGCGAAGGGAACGUACACAGAGCUGCAGCAGUCUGGAGUGGACUUCACCUCCUUGCUGAAGAAAGAGGAGGAGGAGGAGCAGCAACAACUUCCCCCAGACACCCUGACCAGGAAGAGAACACUGUCCCAGAACUCUGCACUCUCCCACACCUCCUCUGUCCAGUCAAUCAAAGAUGGAGACCACCUGCCGGCAGAAACUGUACAGACGAUCCCAGAGGAGAGUCGAGCUGAAGGAAACAUCGGAGUCCGACUUUAUCUCAAAUAUCUGCGAGCUGGCGCCAAUAUUAUGGUCCUCCUGUUGGUCAUACUGGUUAACCUCCUCGCUCAGGUAGCAUACAUCAUGCAGGACUGGUGGCUGGCUUACUGGGCUGACGAGCAGGAAAAGAUCACCGGUAACGGCACUGUCACCCUAAAUGGAACAAACGUCCCCAAAGAGCUGGAUUUGGGUUUCUACCUGGGGGUUUAUGGAGGCUUGACUGCAGCCACCAUCCUCUUUGGCUUUGUCAGGAAUAUUCUUCUGUUUCAAGUGCUGGUGAGAUGCGCUCAGGUCCUGCACAACCGCAUGUUCAACUCCAUCCUCAGGACCCCCGUACGCUUCUUUGACAUCAACCCAAUCGGAAGAGUCUUGAACAGGUUUUCUAAGGACAUCGGCAUUCUGGAUGCUAACAUGCCGUGGACCAUGGUGGACUUCAUACAGGUGUUCCUGCAGAUACUCGGCGUCAUCGCUGUGGCAUCGUCGGUGAUCCCGUGGAUCCUCAUUCCUGUUGCCCCCCUCCUCGGCAUAUUCAUCUUCCUGCGCCGUUACUUCCUGCGAACUUCCAGAAACGUCAAACGUCUCGAGUCCACGACUCGAAGUCCCGUCUUCUCCCACCUGUCCUCGUCUCUUCAGGGUCUGUGGACAAUCCGAGCCUUCGGGGCUGAGGAGAGGUUUCAGAAGGACUUCGAUGCCCACCAGGACCUGCACUCAGCCGCCUGGUUCAUGUUUCUGACCACCUCUCGCUGGUUUGCCUUCCGGCUCGACUGCAUCUGCGCCAUCUUUGUCAUCAUCACCACGUUUGGCUGCCUGCUGCUCAGAAACCAGCUGGAUGCUGGUGAUGUUGGUUUGGCUCUGACAUACGCAGUCACUCUGAUGGGGAUGUUCCAGUGGGGCGUGAGACAGAGUGCAGAGGUGGAGAACAUGAUGACGUCGGUGGAGAGGGUGGUGGAGUACACCAAACUGGAGAGUGAAGCACCCUGGGAAACCCAUAAACGCCCUCCUCCUGACUGGCCGACUAAAGGCUUGGUGACAUUUGACCAGGUCAACUUCUCCUACAGCGCUGAUGGACCGCUGGUUCUACAGAACCUGAAGGCCAUAUUCAGACCCAAAGAAAAGGUCGGUAUCGUUGGGAGAACCGGUGCUGGAAAAAGCUCCCUGGUCUCGGCUCUGUUCCGCCUAGCAGAACCUCAGGGGAAGAUCUACGUCGACGGUGUUGUGACCUCUGAGAUUGGCCUCCAUGACCUGCGCCAGAAGAUGUCCAUCAUCCCUCAGGACCCAGUGCUGUUUACAGGCUCCAUGAGGAAGAAUCUGGAUCCUUUCCACCAACACACAGAUGAAGAACUGUGGAACGCCCUACAAGAGGUGCAGCUGAAGUCUGUGGUGGAGGAGCUGCCUGGAAAGCUGGAGACGGUUCUGGCCGAGUCCGGAUCCAACUUCAGCGUGGGUCAGAGGCAGCUGGUGUGUCUGGCCAGAGCCAUCCUGAGAAAGAACAGCAUCCUCAUCAUCGACGAGGCCACAGCCAACGUGGACCCCAGAACAGACGAGCUGAUCCAGAAAACCAUCCGGGAGAAGUUCAGGGAAUGCACCGUGCUCACCAUCGCUCAUCGCCUCAACACCAUCAUAGACAGCGACCGCAUACUGAUUCUGGAUGCAGGGAAGAUACAUGCGUUUGACGAGCCGUACACCCUGCUGCAGGACUCAAACGGGAUCUUCUACAACAUGGUGAAGCAGACAGGCAAACAGGAAGCAGCCUCGCUACUAGAAGCAGCCAAACAGGCUUAUGAGAGCAGAAGUCGUCCCAGCUUAUCGAACGGACACGCCCAGACAGCAGACGGUAACUUGGUUAUCUUUGAAACGGCUCUGUGAGCUCAGACUGACUCUAAAGAGUGCACGGGCUUGUGCAGUGCACGUCCAGCCUCUUGGUGAAGCACUUAUCCACUGCAGCUGGAGCGGGAGCCUCGGAGGACAGGACCUAUAGAGAAGCUGCUGCCUCGGCGUGGCCGAGCCAAACACAAGCUGUUGUAAAAAACUAUUUAUUCCCUGGUUCGGUUUGCUGAUGGAGGAAAAGGAGAUAUGUGCCUUGUUUCAGGUUUUACAUGUUUAAGUGCAUCUGUAUCCAGAGUGGCCUUUUUUUUGUCUGUAGAUACAGCCAGCACUGUCAUGCACAUGGAAAAUGUUGGAGGUUGCACUAAAAAUCUCUUUUUAAA